AUGCGCUCAUGGGGUUUGGAGGCUGAAGCACCGUCUUCUCUGCUUCGCCCACGCCACACGGUGGACUCUGUGGUGGACUCUGUAGUGGACUCUGUGGUGGACUCUGUAGUGGACUCUGUGGUGGACUCUGUGGUGGACUCUGUGGUAGACUCUGUGGUAGACUCUGUAGUGGACUCUGUGGUGGACUCUGUAGUGGACUCUGUAGUGGACUCUGUGGUGGACUCUGUGGUGGACUCUGUGGUAGACUCUGUGGUGGACUCUGUGGUGGACUCUGUGGUGGACUCUGUGGUGGACUCUGUGGUGGACUCUGUAGUGGACUCUGUAGUGGACUCUGUGGUGGACUCUGUGGUAGACUAA